AUGGGUAAAACUGCGGCAUUGACGGCUGUACCAUCUGCUGCUCAUGUCCGAACUCUGCGGAAGGGAUCAAGUGAUCACCUUGCGAUCAGUAUAGAUCCUGAAUCUGAAAAAUUAAUAGACAAUGAGCAAUCUGAUUUAGAUAAAGGUCAUGUAUUCAAGUCUCUGAAUACGUCAGGACUCAUUCCUAGACAAGGGAAGAUGAUUGCAGAUAGAGUUGAUGGAAUUUGGGGUCUUCAGCUAGUCUCCAAUAUGCAGGGAGGCAGAGUUAGGAUGAAGUAUUUUGCUGUUCAUAAUGCUGUCAAGAAGUCCAAAAAACGUGGAAGAUCAAGGAAGUUUGAAACUCUACCACCAAAUGACGUCUCAUCUGAUGUUCCACCUUUAGCAGAUAAUAGCGAUAAUGAUGAAGAAGUGGAAACGUCUUCUUCACCUGAAAAAUCAGAGGUGGAAAAAGGUACCGUGUUGGCUGCUUCCAGGGGUGCUGUUCUUCAGGCAUGUACCCUCACUUCCUGUUUCAUUGGAGGUUUGGGCAUUUUGAUUAGGCAGAUUUCUCACUUUGCGUACAACGAGGGUUUUCCAAUUUUAGACUGUUCUUCUCGAAUAUCAUUUAGAUUCGAGCUGUGGCAUAUGGAGUUGAUUGCGGGGUUAGUUUUAGGUGUAUCAUCAUGCAGGUACAUACUGUUAAAUAGUUGGACAGAUUUUGCUGAGUCAAGCGAAGCAGCGAAUUACCAGGUCCUUAGCUCACUGGAACCUUUGGACUACUUGGUUGUCGCAUUUUUGCCAGGAAUCAGUGAGGAAAUGCUUUUCCGCGGAGCAUUGUUACCCCUCUUUGGGAUAAACUGGAUGAGUGUUGUUGCAGUGGCUACCUUAUUUGGGGUAUUGCACCUGGGAAGUGGUCGAAAAUAUUCUUUCGCCUUCUGUGUUGCCGUCGUUCAGAUUUCUUUCUGUCCAAGCUGGCCAAUGUGCUACGUGGGGUUGGCGGAGGUUCUCCAAGGCAGGGAUUUGUUGAAAUCAGGCCUCAAAUGGCAAGUAGCCGAUAUCACAGUUUCAGCGGACUGGAUUCCAGGCUCACCUAACCCUACAUCGGCCGGAGAGUACAGUUGGUCCUUCUUUCUUUGUCUCCCACCUUAUUGA